AUGGAGGGACCAAGGCCUUCAAAGCGACUGCGCUACAUGGCCCCUAAUCAAGCCUCAGGUGGGCGUCCUACAGAGCCAAGCUGCUCUGUUGUGGACCCUGAAGACUCCGUGGAAGUCCAGUCCACGGAGAGCCACGCAGAGCCACUCCAACCCGCAAAACCCAUUGCUUAUGUGAAACCCUUGAGAUGGGAGCCCCCAGCUCGCACAGAGUCGGCUCCUCCUGCAGAGAGAGGCCGGCGGCUGCGGGGAGGAAGCCGGCUGGCAGGGCGAGGCCGUGGUAGAGGGCGUGGGGCCCGCAGGAAUGCUGGCCAGAGACAGGGGGCAGAAGGCUUGCUGGGACCAGACAUGCACAUGCAACUGCACCACCAUGGAGAGCCAGGCCACCAGGGGGAACCGGAAAUCAGGCAGGCCUCAGCCUUCUCUUUUCCUGAAACAGCUCCUGUCCCUGGAACUGUGCAGGAAGGCCCUGGCCCUGAUGUGGCCCAUCCUGAGGUGGGGCGUCAGGAGCCGCCCCCUGCCUCUGAGCCUGAGACUAUCAACGGGCAGCCCAUGUUGACCCUCUAUCCCUGCAUCGGGUUUAGGGCUCUGGGUGGCUCAGCUAUUUUACAGGUCGUUCAAACCCCCAACGGCACUUAUGUGCGAGGGAUCCCAGUGUUCGUCGCCAACAUUGCAUGCUGA